AUGUCGCGGCCACGAGCCGUCUCCGGCGCUGAUGCGCAUAAGGAGCCUCACUCCAUCUCAUUGAAAGUCUUACGGCUUUCGCGGCCUUCUCUCUCGCUACAGCACCCUAUACCAGUAUCUGACGCACAAUUCUCGAGAAUCACAUCUCUCAGCUACCCUUCAGCUACCUCAGAUUCACAAUUCAUACUCAGCCCGAAUCUCACCUUACCACCAUCGUUUGGAUCUGCAUAUGUUGGUGAGACGUUUGCGUGCUCGCUAUCUGCCAACAAUGAAGCUCUUGGCGGGAACUCGCGGGUCGUGACCUCCGUCAGAAUACAGGCAGAUAUGCAAACGCCCUCUCAGACGAUCCCACUGGAGCUCCUCCCAGCAGAUGAAGAGCCUAAAAAGUCGACCGGUACAUCCACUACUGCCUCUGUACAGAAGAUAAUCCACUUUGACCUUAAGGAGGAGGGCAACCAUGUGUUGGCAGUGAGCGUGAAUUACACUGAAACGACGAUGGCCGCCAACAAAGAUGCACCAGGCGGGUUUCAGGCUUCGGGGGGUAGGGCGCGUACAUUCAGGAAACUUUAUCAAUUUGUUGCCCAGCCGUGCCUAAGUGUAAGGACCAAGGCUACCGAGCUAGCUCCGCGGGAAAUAGAGGACCGUUCAGCUGGACCAUUUGGAAAGACGCGAUUACUUCGUUUUGCGUUGGAAGCACAGCUUGAAAAUGUUGGAGACGGAAUGAUUGUUCUAGGGGUCCCAACGCUUAAUUCUAAGCCUCCAUUUAAGUCGACGUCGUUAAAUUGGGAUUUCUAUGAGAAGGAUGGAGACCAAAAGAAAAUAGCUCCAACCCUGGCACCAAGAGAUGUGGUACAAAUUGCAUUUCUGGUUGAGCAGGAAGAAGGGGAACAGGAAGGUCUUGAAGCGACGCAGAAAGACAUCAGUCGAGACGGUCGCACAGCUCUAGGUCAGCUGUCUAUACAAUGGCGAAGCGCGAUGGGAGAGAAGGGUUACCUGACGACAGGAAAUUUGAUGACAAAACGGAGAGCAUAG